AUGGUCCAUGGAGCUGCAACCACUUCUCCACCGCAUCCUCUGCCACCGUCCCUCUCCGCCAAAACAAUUUAUAUACGACAACUCCAUUUUCCUUCUUCAAAUUUCACAAAGGAUGAUCUCGAUCUGAUUUUCGAUUCACAAAGAAAGGCUAAUUUUUUGCCUUUCUUGCUUACUUUCAUACUUGCAUUUUCAUCUAACACCAGAGCUUCUUCAUUAGUAGCAAAAGACCAAGUUCCAUGCACAAUGUGUGCUGAGUGUGAAAAUCCAUGUCAACCUCUACCACCUCCACCUCCACAAGUGAUAGAGUGUCCACCACCUCCAUCAUUACCUCCACCACCGCCGCCGUCACCACCACCUCCACUGCCGCCGAUUUUCAAAACGGAUCUGCCAAGGAUUUGCAGAAGGAUCCUUCAACUUCUUGAAGUGAGGGAUGAAGAGGAGGUGGCGAAGGAAACAGAGGACGAGGAGAAGAUGGAGGAUGGUUUGGGGAGGGAUGAAGAAAGUCGCCAUUGA